GUGAUUGAAAUGUUAUCAGUUAUGUUCCGGCGCUGCAUUUGGAUAGUUUUGUCAUUUUAUUUGAAAGGUACAUGUGGGUGUGACGAAGAGUACAAAUUGAUUCGACAUUUAAUGCAGAAAUACGACGCAUCAGUUCGGCCUGUGGAAAACUCUUCACAACCCUUGCUGGUUACAUUUGGUGUGUCGCUGCAUCACAUUAUAGACGUGGAAGAAAAAGAUCAACUUCUCACGACUAAUUGCUGGAUCACUCAGAUCUGGACGGACUAUCAUCUGAGAUGGAAUGCCAGCGAUUUCGAUGGAAUCAGUGUUAUAAGAAUACCUUACGAAAGAGUAUGGAGACCGGAUAUUAUAUUAUAUAAUAAUGCUGACCCCAACUACAAAUCAGCGGUAAUCAACACUAAUGUCAUAGUGAAGCAUACAGGUGAGGUGACCUGGCUGAGUCACGGCAUUUAUGUCUCGGUUUGUGACAUCAACGUUGAGCAGUUCCCAUUUGACAUCCAGUUGUGCACUAUGAAAUGGGCUUCAUGGACAUAUGACGGAUUUCAGUUGGACUUAAUAAAACAAUUUGACGAAGGCGACACAACGAAUUAUCAAACGAACGGCGAAUUUGAUUUGGUGAGCUUCGAAGCGAUCAGACACGAUCAGUACUAUUCGUGCUGCGUCGAGCCUUACCCAGAUAUAACGUAUGUAAUCAAACUGCGACGCAGACCCAUGUUCUAUGUAUUCAAUCUUAUAUUACCAUGUUUACUCAUAAAUGGAAUUGCUCUUCUAGUGUUUUAUGUACCAUCAGAGUCAGGAGAGAAAGUAACUUUAGGAAUAAGUGCUUUGCUUUCGAUGACUGUAUUCCUAAUGACUAUAAGGGAUACAUUACCACCGACGGAAAAGACACCGUUAAUAAGUCUUUACUACGGAGUCAGUACGUGUUUGGUUUCAUUUUCAGCAUCGCUUUCAGUGGUAACUCUUAACAUAUCUUACAGAGGAGUGAGAGGGCAGCCAGUGCCGGCAGCGCUGCGCGAGCUGGUGCUACAGCGCCUUGCACGCCUGCUCUUCAUCAACUUUGACACUGACACCAAGCAGGGAGACAGUCCCCCGGCGGUGGCGUGCGUGCAGGUAAACCCUCGCACGGGUUCGCGGCUCAAGUCAGAGGCGCGUUGCGAGCGCUGCGACACCUACCACGCUUGCCAUGCCUGCCACGGCUGCGACAGCUCGCCUGCGCCCCCCGGGCCUGCUUCGCCGCGCUUCCCACGCCCAAACAUAAACCAUCUAAGUCGUACGGGUCCGGCGGUAAACUCCCCAUCAAGUCCACCGCUGGGGGGCGAAGUGUUUGGGGGCGGGAUAGGUGGCGCUGGUGCGUGCGCGCGUUGUGUGUGUUGCUGCACGCUGCGCGACGCCGCCGCACGGCACGAGCAGCGCGUCGCCGCCAACGAGCGCCUCGAGCGAGCCAAUCUCGAGUGGAAACAGGUGGCCGUAGUCGCCGAUCGAGCUUUGCUUGCCGUCUUCGUGUUGAUGACCACCAUAGCUACGGCGGCCAUUUUGUUACCCCAGCUGCAGAAUUUACACGUAGGCAAUACGCCACUCAAACCACCCACUUAA